GAGUUCCUUAAAUAUAACUCCCCUGAUAUUGCUCCUACAAAUAAGACUGUGGUUCACAUUGGUUGGUCACCGCCACCUCCUGGUUUCUUGAAACUUAACACUGAUGGUUCUGCCCAAGGGAACCCAGGGAUGGCUGGUGCAGGAGGUAUAUUCAGAUAUCAUAAUGGUUCCUGGAUCUAUGGUUACUCUAGAAGAGUUCGCUUUACCACUAGUCUUGCUGUUGAACUUUGGGCCAUUAGGGAUGGUUUAGAUAUUGCUGUUAGCAGAGGAAUCUCCAAACUUAUUUUGGAAACAGAUUCCAAAGUUGCAGAAAUUCUUCUUAAAUCUGCAGACCAUAACUUCCACUCACUUGGUGUGCUUAUUCAUGACUGCAGGCGUCUCAUGCAAGGAGUUCCUGACUUUCAAAUUCACCAUAUCUACAGGGAGGCUAAUGCGGCUGCAGACUUUUUGGCCAAACUUGGUGUUUCCUCUUCUUUUGACUUUAUGUUGUAUGAUGAGAAACUUAUUGAGCUCUCUUGUAUUUUGUUCUAUGACUGUAUUGGAACUGUUGUUCCGAGAACUAUUGUAGCCGUUUAAGUCUUAUUUAUUUAAUCCUCCCAUUACUACAAAAAAAAAAAAAGGUUCACAUUUAUU